UUCAGGUUUUUGGUGGAAAGAACAAUAAGAAUCUUCUGCAAUGGAUCGAAGUGCUGCAAAGGAGUUCUUACAAGAACUCUACGUUCGUCUCAAGGAGAAUAUGAAGCUCAGUGCAAUGAUCAUUGCUUUCGAAAGGAAAAUAAGUGCGGGAAACUUUGAUGGCCUUACGGAGGAGGAGAUCAGUAAUCUCCAGUACAUGCCAACCGAUGCAGGGUGGGUCAUUGUGCUUUUUGAGUCUUUCAAAUUUAUUGAGGAGCUGGAGGAGUUGAAAAUCUCUUGCCCACAGUGCCCAAAUGGAACGAAGAAUUCUUCCGAUACAAGGACCAAGUUGACUGAGAUGCUGAGGAGGCAGGAGGAAGAUCUUAGAGGAUUUAUGAUGGGAAUUGCUGGGCAGGAAUAUUGGGAUUCCUUUGAAGAUGAUGAAGAAGUUUUACUUGCAGUCAGUCGACUCCCUGAUCACAAUCCUUUUCUUGUGGAUUUCUGAGAAAGUAACCUUCCGGAUUUUCUUUAUUCUUUAUAACUUUUUAUGUUAAAAACUGAAUUAAAACCAUUUUAAGGAAAUGAAAUAAAAAGAAAUUUAUUUCUUAA